UCGAAUAGAAAGUGCACGUUUUCAUAAUUGGAUUAACGGCCGCACAUAAAGUCACCGUCACCGUCAUCGUCUAGGUCGCCGUCAUUUCACCAUCAUGAGAGAAAUUGUGCAUCUUCAGGCUGGCCAGUGCGGCAAUCAGAUCGGGUCCAAGUUCUGGGAGAUCAUCUCCGAUGAGCAUGGUAUCGAUCCGACUGGACACUAUCAUGGCGACACCGACUUGCAGCUCGAGCGUAUCGACGUGUACUAUACCGAGGUCAACGGCAAUAAGUAUGUGCCGCGUGCCGUUUUGGUUGAUCUGGAACCGGGCACGAUGGAUUCCGUCCGUCAGUCGCCCUACGGUGCACUGUUCCGACCGGACAACUUCGUUUACGCUCAGUCGGGCGCCGGCAAUAACUGGGCGAAGGGUCACUACACCGAGGGUGCUGAGCUGGUCGACAAUGUGCUCGACGUGAUUCGCAAAGAGACGGAAGCGUGCGACUGCCUCCAGGGCUUCCAGCUGGCACAUUCGCUGGGCGGUGGUACCGGUUCGGGCAUGGGCACGCUUUUGAUAUCGAAAAUCCGCGAAGAAUACCCCGAUCGCAUCAUGAACACAUUCUCCGUUGUUCCAUCACCAAAGGUAUCCGAUACCGUAGUAGAGCCGUACAAUGCAACGCUCUCCAUCCACCAGUUGGUCGAAAACACGGACGACACGUUCUGUAUCGACAACGAAGCUUUGUACGAUAUCUGUUUCCGAACGCUUAAGCUAUCGUCUCCCACCUACGGGGACCUCAAUCACUUGGUGUCCGUUACGAUGUCCGGCGUUACGACCUGCCUACGAUUCCCGGGACAGCUAAAUGCUGACCUUCGCAAGCUGGCAGUGAAUAUGGUGCCGUUCCCGCGACUGCACUUCUUCAUGCCAGGCUUUGCACCGCUCACGGCUAAAGGAUCCCAACAGUACCGUGCCCUGACAGUUCCAGAACUGACCGCUCAGUUGUUUGAUGCCAAAAACAUGAUGACCGCCUGCGAUCCUCGCCAUGGUCGAUAUUUGACUUGUGCAGCCAUCUUCCGAGGCACGAUGUCGAUGAAAGAAGUCGAUCAGCAGAUGCUGAACAUUCAGAGCAAAUACAGCAGCUACUUUGUCGAGUGGAUUCCGAACAACGUGAAGGUGGCUGUAUGUGACAUUGCUCCACGCGGAUUGAAAAUGUCUGCCACGUUCAUUGGCAAUACCACGGCCAUACAGGAGAUCUUCAAGCGCAUCUCGGAGCAGUUCACUGCCAUGUUCAGACGGAAAGCGUUCCUGCACUGGUACACUGGAGAGGGUAUGGAUGAGCUAGAGUUUAGCGAGGCAGAGUCGAACAUGAACGAUCUCAUCUCGGAGUACCAACAGUAUCAGGACGCUGAUGUGGAGGAUUACGACGAAAUGGAAGAAAUUCCGGAGGAAGAGCAACAGCAACAAGAGUAGC